AUGGCUGUCGAGGUCGCGAAUAUGGUCGCGGCCCAAGUUCCGCCAUCCAUGCGGCCGCCCCCCGAACGCAAGCCCACGACCGAGCCAGGUGGCCAAAGAACCUCCACCGCAUACGCCCAACGCGUCGGUGACACUAUACCGAUUCUCGUCGUUGCUACCAACUCGGUCGGUUCGGCCGACCUCGAUGCGCCCAAGACCCCGCCGAAUCUUCAGCCCAAUCCUCGAAGGGGAAGCCCCACGCCCGCAGCGUACACUUUCGCCGAUGACGACGAGUUCUAUCCCGGUACUGAUCCGCGACUCAAGAGAAACGCCUGUUGGGUGAAGUGCUAG